CUUAUCUACUGGAGAGUCCUGUGCAGCCGACCACUCCUUUAAAUAUCCUCCUUCCUCCUAUAUUUUCACACCCAAAAUCAAAGUACUAAUUAGCACGUUAUAUUCUCUGCAAACACACAAAAAUAUAGUCAAUAUGAAGGAACAUCAAAACAAUUUUCAUGAAGAUCAUAAUGUAAAUUAUUCUGGUAGUUCUUUAGCUAUGAGCUCUUCUUUUGGUACAACACCAGAAAGGCAUUCUUCUUUUUCUCAAGAUUCUGAGUCAGGCAGCCCUCUUCAUAGCCCAUCUUCUUCUGAUUAUUCACCAAGAAUAAUCACUCCAAGUCAAGAUGAUUCAGCUGUAAUUAUUCAGAAGAAGAAACUGGGAAAGAAGGCAAAAAGUUAUGCCUAUAGAAUUCGUGAGCAUGUAAAACUGGGGCCGAAUUUUUCAGAGACGGUGAAAGGGAAAUUGAAGAUAGUGAAAGAAGGAGGGAGAAGAAAUAUAUUCAAGCAUAUGUUUAAUGUAAAUGAAGGAGAGAAACUUCUCAAGGCAUCACAAUGCUAUUUGUACACAACGGCAGGUCCAAUUGCUGGGAUUCUAUUCAUAUCUACACAUAAAAUUGCUUUCUGCAGUGAAAGACCCAUUGCUGUUCCAUUCCCAUCUGGUGGAAUUCUUAGAACACCUUACAAGGUGGUUAUUCCAGUGACGAAGAUUAAAAGAGCUCAUGCGAGUGUGAAUGAGAACAAACCAUCUCAAAAAUACAUUGAGAUAAUAACUGAAGAUAAUUUUGAGUUUUGGUUUAUGGGUUUUGUACGAUAUGAAAAAGCUUUUCUGAAUUUACAGAAAGCUAUUUCCAUGUCCAAUUAAAAUAUUUAGACAUUAGAAUCUUUAGGAUUUUAAAUAGCCUUUGCCAGUACCGUAGAGUUUCUCUCUCUCUCUCUCGUUGUUGAAUUGGUGGGAUUUAUGGAAUGAUGUUUAUUCAUCGUUUA